AACUAUUGUUGAACAAUAGUAACAUCGAACCCGAUAUAGUUUAACUGGAGUGACGUAAUUUUUCUACCAUAGUUCUACCCUCGUGUUUCCGUUGGUAGAUCGAGUUAAAGAUGGCGCCGAUAGAUUAGAGGAAUAUCCACUACGAUACAUUAGAUAGUCAGAAUGCCAAAACUAAUAAUAAAAGGAGCUAACGGUAUUCAGCUUGAUAUUGAAUGUGAUGAAGCAACGAAGCAGUCUCUUUUGAGUGGGGAUACAGACCCACAAUUAAAGGACAUGAUCGUCCAAAUGCUGAUUAAACAGCAACGUCCUGAGCCCCAGGCAUCACUAGGUUUGGCAAAAACUUUACAACAGUCAACCCAAGGAACACCUUCAGCAACAUCAAGCACAGGUAAUUCCAAUCCUAAGUCACAGUUGAAAGCAUCAGUACCAGGUUCAUCUUCCACCAGCCCUCUUCAACCAGCAGCUCCUCCCCAUUCAAGUGCGUCCCCAUCCUCAAGCGAUGAAUCUUUGAAUGCAGGUGUCCACUUAUGGACAGAUAAGCAAGAGGACUUGCUUGUCCACCUCCGUCAUGACAGGCAAGACUUGUUCGAAAAAAACAAAAAUCAUGUGAGUUUGUGGACUCAGAUCUCAAGAGACUUAUCCAAUGCUUUCAAAGUAAAAAUAACACCAACACAGGCCAUAAACAAAUACAACAAUCUUAAGAAAAGAUGGAAAGAAAUAAUCGAUUCUGGAACUGGUACUGAGAGGAAGUAUUUUAGAUUAAAAGAAGACUUUGAUCUUAUGUAUGGAACAAGACAAUCUACAAAACCUGCUUUCACAAUCGACAGUUCAAGUAGUGAUUCCAUUGAAUGUCCCACUCCCUCCCAUGCUGAAACAGUCACUAAGUCAAAGAGUCCAAAAAAAAAAGAAUUGUUGGAACAGCUUGAUGCAAAAGAAGAAGAAUUUAAUGAUAAAAUUGAGAAAUUCCAUGCUGAAAAAAUGAAAAGGAUGGACAGAUUCCUGGAUUUGUUCGAGAAGAGUAUUGAAAAAAAUGAAAAAUAACGUAUUUUUAUACUCAGACAAGACUUAAUUGAAAGUGCCAUAAAUAGAGUUUUGAUUUGACAGAAGUUUACAUAGGUUAGAUUAAAUUAUGGUGUGGAGUUACACACCUGGUUAGGUGACUUUUUCUUAAAAAGACUGGUCUUUUUUGUAGUAUGUUUGAUUUAUCAUGUUAUAAAGUUACAUAGGUAAAUUACUUUUAUUUAUGCA